AUGGGUGAUAACAAAGUCACAGACAAAUACGGAAAUGUUAUUGAUCAUGGCGAUUAUGUUUCUACCAAAAUCCGUGGCGGAACACAUGAAGGACGUGUGGAAGAGAUAAUCACAGAUCUGCAACGAGCGGAAGAGGUUGGUGUGAAAAAUCCGCCAAAAGUACGCUUCGAGAAUAAGGAUGGUAAAAUGGUGGCACACAAUCCAGGCACCUUAGAAGUUGAUGACACCGAAUAA